AUGCACUGCCCGCCGCAGCCCCGGCUCGCCAAGGCAGGCAGGAGGCGCUACAAGACUUUCAUGAUCGACGAAAUCCUCUCCAAGGAGACGUGCGAUUACUUCGAGAAACUUUCCCUCUAUUCCGUCUGUCCGUCCCUCCUGGUCCGGCCCAAGCCGCUGCACUCCUGCGCGGGGUCCCCUUCUCUGAGGGCAUAUCCUCUCAUCUCCGUUAUCACCAGGCAGCCCUCCGUUGUCCCUCACCUCGUUCCGGCUGCCACCAGCUCCCAUGUGCUGCCAGCCCAGACCUCAGCGACUGCGAGCUCAGAGACGCCAGCCAGCGAGACCCACGGCAGCAGUGAGUCGGAGGCAGAGCAGCCCACACCUCGGUUAAAAAAGCCACGCAGGAGUCGGACCAUCUUCACAGAGCUCCAGCUGAUGGGCUUGGAGAAGAAAUUCCAGAAGCAGAAGUAUUUGUCUACACCCGACAGGCUCGACUUAGCGCAGUCGCUGGGGUUGACCCAGCUCCAGGUGAAGACGUGGUACCAGAACCGCAGGAUGAAGUGGAAGAAAAUGGUGUUGAAAGGUGGGCAGGAAGCUCCAACGAAGCCCAAGGGCCGUCCAAAGAAAAACUCCAUUCCCACCUCAGAGGAAAUCGAAGCAGAAGAGAAAAUGAACAGCCAGGCUCAGAGUCAGGAGGCGGAGGGAUCUCAAGCCCCCGAGGAGCCUAAAGUGACAGAGGAGAAGCCAGAAGUCUCUUUGGAGACAGAAAAGUCUCCAGAACAUAUACCAGAGCCCUCCUCAGAGGAGGCUACGCCAUUAAGUUAAAGGGAAAAAGA